AUGCAAGGUACAAACACCGAAACGGUUUUCGAUGUCAACGGUGGCAAGGGUGCAUUCACUUAUACGGCCGUUCACUUACACGGCCGGCCACAUGUGGCCAUACAAGAUGAUACAUCACAUGUUCUCGCAAGCUACCGCCAAGAGUAUCAAUCUGCAAACCAAUAUCCCUGUCUUUUCCAUCUUACUACGAGAAGAUUGCCGCUAGGUGAUAAGGACACCAUCCGGUUCAACCAGUAG